CUGCUCUCAGCAUGGACCCGUGUGUUUCCAACCAGCGCCCAACCCAUGGACCGAACUCAAACACGGAAUUCUAUGUGAAAGAAAAUGGUUUUAUUUAACAGCGUCGUCUUCGCUACUUAUCAAGAAGAACGAGAGAAAGAGUUUAAAGAGUUCCCCGAAGUUACCGAAGCGUAGUUAAAGGUGUAAAACACAAAAGACGGGACUAACCGCAGUGUCUGAAGUGAACGCUGCAACAAGACUCCAGUGCCAUGAAGCUGAAUCCCCAACAAGCUCCAUUAUAUGGAGAGUGUGUGUUGACCGUUCACCUGGAGGAUGAUGAUGUGUGUCGUGCUGAGGAUGACGAAGAGAAGGUGGAGUUUUACCUUUUAUUCUCAGGAUCUACUCAAAGACAUCUGACCAGCACGCUGCGAGUCAGCCACGUCACCCUGCAGGCGGUGUGUCCAGCCCAUAAUGUGUGUGAGCAGGUAUUGGUGACGUUAUGUUGGGUUCAUCCUGAUGGAGCAGUCGACUCGCGCUCUCAGGAGACCUUCUGCUUCGUACAGGACUUGGCUCUCGACAUGGCCCACUUCUUGCUUGACAGCAUAGCUCCACAGGAAGCAUUACUAUUGGAUGAUGAGCAGGAGUGUGAGCGGUUGGACAAUAGCCUGGCUCUGGCCCUGAGACACCUGAGGACUGGACCAGGGACGCACAGACACAGUGGCAUGGAUGGACACGGCCCUGAGUCACAUGAGGAAAUGAGCACAGAUGUGUCCACCGCCGAGCCUCAGACCCAGCAGCUCUCCAGCCUGCUGCACCUGGCAGCCAGUCACGGUCUGCGGACGGUGGCUGCUUUCCUCCUGCAGCAGCCGGGAGCCAGCCGGGCUCUGAGGACCCCCAACGCCCGGGGGCUGACUGCAGCCUGUGUGGCGCAGAGCAGAGGACACGAGCAGCUGCUGGAGCUCUUCACUCAGUUUGAGACGUCUUCAACUGUCCAAGUGGAACCUAAAGAGCUGCAGCACUUUUACCCACGAGGCCGAGUGUUUCAGCAGCACCUGACUCUCGGUACCUUCACCCUAACAUUCCCUAGAAGAGAGGAGGGGGCGGAGACACGGAGCAGCUGCUUACAGGAGGAGGUGGAGGAGCUGAGGAGACAUAUUCGUGUUCACGGGGACAAGAAGGGAAGCGUUGCAGCGACACAUGUGGUUCCGCAGCCGUGCUCUAACGGCCUGUCUGCGGUAACCAUAGAGACCUGUUGCACAACAACAGAGGAAGGGGGAAGUCUGCCGUCAUUGGAGCAGAGAGCACAUAGGGAGGACUCUGGCGCUGUCACUCACACAUCCUGUACCAGUGCAAGACUUUGUCAGGGGCAGGAAGCAGGGGGGGGACAGAAGGGAUGCCCGGCUGCCAUCUCUCCUGCAGGACGCUACAGGAAAAACAAAAAGAGAACUAGAAAAAACACGAGACCCGCUGCAGAAUCUCCAGGAAAUAACACAAGCACCCCAGAGGCCAAUAGAGGGAGCGCAGCGCAGCUCGCAACAGGAAGUAGAACCAACACGGAUGGACCUAUUUCACCCAGAGGACCAGAGGUGGCAUCAGUGAAAGCUGACACCAAAGCAGAAGAGACUCCAUUACCCACAAAGCCAGAGUCUGGGCCAGGUGGGGAUAGGAAGUGUGCUGGCAGGAAAGCAGUGGCCUUGCCCACCACCGACACCAACGUAGAAAAACAGGAAACAGAGAAGUGGGAAGCUGAGCCACGGACAUGUGAGUGUGUUGUAGAGACAGGAGCACUGACAGAGCGGGGGGGCACUGGAUGUCUCCCAGCAGGAGAGGCUGAAGUGAACCCUGCUCCGGAAUCAGCUGCAGUAGCCAUGGGUCAGGAACAAUCCCAGGAUCCCCAGGAAAGCCUGGCAGACGCUGGGGAGCCAGGCCAACCUGACACUGUGAACAACAGUCCUCAAUCUGGCAGGAAUACCAGCCCCAAGUCCCCGGACACAGAGAGAAAGCCCCGAAGAGGGCUGUGGCGGGAUGGAGGCUGGAUGGGAAGCAGAAUGGGAUCCCCUCCUCAAGAAACCCUAGCACAAUCUGUCUGGUAUCAGGGUGAAGACCAGGGUGCUGAUGAAGACUGUCACAGAGAGGAAGAGAAAUCCCAGUCAGUUUGGUAUGACAGUGACACACCAGAUCAGAGCAAACAAGAACAGCUGGAGCAGGGAAUGAGGGAGCAGAAAGAAUGUGAUUUUGGCUCGGCCCAAGCUUCUGGUCUUAGUUCUCCACAGCUGUUAGAUCAGGGACUGACUUUUCAUCAACUGUCCUCUGCUCUUAGUCAGCCACAUGCUGCUGGAACACAGCCAGCACUGUCACAUGGGCCCGGGGCACAAAGACGGGAAGUGCACGGAUCACAGCGAGAGGAGGAAGUAGGGCUGGAGUGGAAGGAGGGAGGAGUGGAGGGGGACGGAGAGGAGGUUAGUAACAGAGACACUAGUCACAGCAGAAAGGGCUCUGAAACGGCAGACGUUGAGGAGGGAGAAGAGAAGCAAGAGAAAGGAGCAAAGGGCAGAAAAAAGAGGAGGAAGAAGAGGGGGAAGAGAGGAGGCGGGGAGGCCAAACUUAGCUCCAGCUCAAGCAUAGACUCUCAAAGUCAGAGAGAACAAGUGACAAAGUCAGAGAAAGAGUCCGAGGAUAAAACAGGAAGUGGAGAGAACGCUAUGCAUCUACCCAGCCAGACGGAGGGCCAGACUAGGGCCGCUCAUGCGCCCGACUGUGAUGUCACCAACUCGGACUGUACCGGUACGACUCCGGAGUGUAUUCCCGCAGACCGGACAACAGAUCUGACGGCUUCACAGACUCUACAAACAGAAGGGGAUGACAUCAUGAGCGUUCACGGACCUGAUCACUUUAGCACUACUGUCCCUGCUUCAGAGCUCAGUGAGGCGGACAUCAGGGAUGCCGAGGUAGAGGAAAUUACAAGUGCGCAACCAGUCGGAACGGAAAUACUUAAGCCUACAGAGCUGGUAUCAAACGGGCUCGCCGAGUUGCUCAAACAAACGUUGGAUUAUAUGGAUGUAAAGGCGGCGUCGGGAAACAAAGAUUUGACGGUUGAUGGUGAAGAUGAAUCCGUGGAGCAGACGGUUGUGGUGGAAUCUAACUGUUUUAAGGAACCGUCUGUCAAACUUUCAGUUCCUGCUGAAUUCACAGAGGAACUUGUGGAAUUUCCUGAGCAGAAAUCACAGCAUGUAGAAUCUGUAGGACCCUUCAUGGAAUCUGUGCGUCCUACAGAAGCUGCUGGUGUGCCAUUUGAAGGUACAGCGGAUGUUUUACCACUUGAAAUAGAGGAAGGAAGUGCUCAGACAACUGUGAGGGAAAUUUUAGUGCAUUGUUUGGCCUCUGAGAUGCUGAGAGAUCAGCAGCACGGGGAGGGAAAGAGCAACGAGCUGUGUGUGGGUGAAGAGGAAGCAAGUCAGGAAAGGAGUCAAGAAGAUGACGGCGGGACGGUUAAUGCCAAGGAGCUGUCUCACGUGGACAGAGAAAAAGAGCAGAGCAUCAAUGAAAUCAUAGCAGCCACAGCGGUAGCAGUUGUAGCUGUAGCAAUAGCAUCAGCUAUGGCUAGCAUAGAGCUAAGCCAACAGAUAUCAGAGGAUUUACUGAAGCUGAGGAACAAAGACGAGGAAACCUGUGAACUGGUAGCAGCUGAGACAGAAAAGCAUUCAAACACUGAGCCUACAGAUCAGUUCCCCUCUACAGGAGCUAAUGUGGAAGCUAACCAGGACUGUGUGGAGUUGCAGUGUAAUGCUGAGACAGAAAGGCUAGCAGCAGCACAGCUGGCUAGCAGGCAGCAGGCUAACCUUGACCUGUCAGCACUUGCAGACACUCCCAGUCUACCACAACUCCACAAAGAGGAAUUCCAAAGGGAGAGUACGCUUAACGAAGCCUUUACAUGUUCACCACCCGAAGGAGAAGGCAGCCUGCUGCCCGUUGAUGUGAAACCUCUGCAGGAAAAGAUUAGCAAUGAAGUAGACAUCCAAGGUCAGAUAGAACUCCCUGGUUUGGUUCCCGAAAAGAAAGAUCCCUUCUGCGCUGAUUCUGAGGACAGUCUCGGAGAAAACCAGGAUCAGUCCAUCUGUCAGGAGGAGAGGGGGACACAACAUCAGCUUUUAGAAUCCAUCACUGAGGCUGAAUGCAGUCAUUCACAAGAGAGUGAGGAAAGGGAGAAUGGUGAGCAAGCUUCCAAGGAAAUGUCAGAACCUGAGCUGGAUGGUCAGGUCCAAACAGCGUGUGAAGCAGGCAUUUUGCCAUGUCCUGUUACCUCCUGUCCCGGUCCAGAGGAGCUCACUUCCCCUGUGGAAACAGACCAGUCAUCCCAGUCUUUAGCCGACAUGACCUUUCUCCCUGCCAUCCCUCUCGAUGCCGGCAUUGGUACGUUCCAGAGCGAAGGCCAUGAGUGCGUUGCUUUGAAUGUUGCUGAGGUUUGCGUGUUUCAAGGGGAGGACACUCUGGAUACAGUGGACGGAUGGAAGGAGAGAGAAAACAUGAAGAUGAUGAGGAAAGACAUGGUCUCAGUGGACGACACACCCCGGACAGCAGAAGAAGAAGAAGUAGAAGAAGAAGAAGAAGAAGAAGAGUGUCGGCAGGGCCGUAGCGAACCAGACGACACACACACUCUGCAGAUCCAGAGGGAGAGCGAUGUUUUCUGCCCUGAACCCAGCACAGUGUCAACAUGCACAGACCUGCAUCCAGAAAAAGAGCAGCGCGUGUCGCAGUGUCUGUUGCACAAAGACGGUGGGAAAUUCAGUGCACCAUCGGAUGACAGCAUCUUUAAAAGGCCUAAGGAUCCUCCCCCCCGGGUUGGACACUCGGACAGAGGGGUGCGUGUCUCCCGAUCCUCCACACACGAUGCCUUGACACAGGAAGCCUACAGCCCCAGUGAGGGGUCUUUGUCAGGGGGCGCACCUGACGCCGUGACCCCACGCAGCUCCAGACUGUCCUGGAAGUCAGAGACAGAGGACAGAGGAGGAGGAAUGGGUGAAAGAGGACUACAAGAAGAGGAAGAAGAGAAGAAAGACCAGCUCUCAGAAAAUCCUGUGUACUCUGCCAUCUCCCGAGCCUCCGCCCGCUCCCUGUCACCACUCCGACGCCACAGCUGGGAGCCGGGCAGGGACAACACCCCUGCAGAUCUGGACAUGGCACAGCGCAGCUCGAUGAAGAGUCUGUCAGGGGAGAUGAAGAGAGCCAAGCCCCCCCUCCACAGGAGAAGUAUCAGUUGGUGUCCAUCCAACCUGCGCACCCCCGAUCAGGAGCAAAUAGACAACAGAAGCUACAGCCUGGAGGGUUUGGAGGGGGAGAAGGGAGAGCUGCAGGCUCAGUGCCCCCCCCUCAGUGAGCAGCAGGGGGGAGCAGCAGGGAGGAGUGUGAGAGUGGACCUGGAGAGGAGAGGCUCCCUGCUGUCCCUCACUGAGGAGGAGCAGGAAGGGGAGCACACAUACUGCCAGCCUCAUCCGGUGCUGUCAGUGACCAACAGCUGUCCCGCCAUGUUCCCGCCUCCAUUGCUCACCAAAUCCAUCUCCAUGGUUACCAUCAGUCAGCGUGAGAUAGAUGGCGGGAGCUCCUUCUGCACCAACUCCGGCUCACUGGAGUACAGUAUUUCAGAGGAGGAGCCGGGCCCCCUACGCAGCGACACUGAGGGGAAAGGAGGACCUAAAAUCAGCCGCACGUUCAGCUACCUCCGCAGCAAGAUGAGCAAGAAAGGGAAGGAAAAAGAGAAGGAGAAGAAAGGAGAGAAGGAGCGGGAGAUCAAAGAGAAAGAGAAGAAGAGCACAAACGGUCACCUCUUCCUCCCCGUCAGUCCCGGUGCCUCCUCCUGCUGUCAGCACUGCUCCAAACCUCUGCACAACAAAGACACGUUCCUAUGCAACAACUGUGGAGCCCACGUCCAUAAGAGCUGCAGAGAGAGUCUGUCUGUCUGCACAAAGAGCAAAACAAAGCCAUCCCCGGUGCCGGACACUGCUCCUGGAUCAGCUGUUAACUUUAGGAGUAAAUCUACAUCUUCAGCAUCGUCCAUAUCAUCGGCAUCCUCGUCAUCGUCACGGGAACGCUGGUCCACGGCAACCACUCCUGAUGACCAGCUCCCCAUGUUGUUUGCACGGAGACACAACAGUAUCUUUAGCCAGCACAGCAACCUGUCCAAGAGCAUCUCCACCAGCAACAUAGCAGGGCUAGACGUUGAGGUUCCACUGAAAGGCCUGAAGUCUCUGUCCCAGUCCACCGACUCGCUCAAUAAGGGGAGCAAAGUCAACGCCUCUACUGAGUCCCUCACUGAUGAAGGUACUGAGAUGAUGGACAAUCAGCUGAUGGGAGAGUUUGAGUGGGACCUCAAAGAUCUAGAAGCUGACUCUUGGAGCGGCACGAUGGAUAAGAAGUUCUUGAAAACGUUGAAGAAAGAUGAAAUCAAGAAACAAGACGUCAUCUAUGAGCUGUACCAGACCGAGUUCCACCAUGUGAGGACUCUGAAGAUCAUGUCUGAGGUGUACUAUAAAGGCCUGCACAAGGACCUGCAGCUGGACACUAACAUUUUGGACAAGAUUUUCCCUGUUUUGGACGACCUGUUGGAAACGCACACACAUUUCCUCACCCUGCUCCUGGAAAGGAAGAAAGCUUUGUCCACCCAGGGAGAGAGCAGCAGCAACUUUCUGAUCUGCAGCAUAGGGGACAUGCUGCUCAACCAGUUCUCAGGCUUCAGUGCUGAUCGCAUGAAGAAGGUUUAUGGGAAGUUCUGCAGUCGCCACAGUGAAGCGGUCAACCUCUACAAAGACCUGCACGCCAAAGACAAACGCUUCCAAGGCUUCAUCAAGAAAACAAUGAGCAGCAGCAUAGUGCGGAGGCUCAGUAUUCCAGAAUGUAUUCUGUUGGUCACUCAGAGGAUCACCAAAUAUCCCGUCCUCAUCCAGAGGAUACUGCAGCACACUAAAGACUCUGAUGAUGACCACAUCUCUGUGUGUGAAGCUCUGCGCUGUGUGAAGGAGCUCAUCACGGCUGUGGACAGCAAAGUGAACGAGCACGGGAAGAAGCAGAGGCUGAAGGAAGUCUACAGCCGCACUGACAGUAAGUCCAUCAUGAGGAUGAAGAGUGGCCAGAUGUUUGCUAAAGAGGACCUGACGAGAGGCAGGAAACUGCUGCAUGACGGAUCGCUGCAGCUGAAAAACACUGCCGGGAGACUCAAAGAUGUCCAGGCCAUGCUCCUGUCUGACGUGUUGGUGUUUCUUCAGGAAAAAGACCAGAAAUAUGUCUUUGCCUCAUUGGACCAGCGCUCUACAGUCAUCUCGUUGCAGAGUCUCAUCGUCAGGGAGGUGGCUAACGAGGAGCGGGGGCUCUUCCUCAUCACAGCCGGGAUAGAGAGGCCGGAGAUGGUGGAGGUGUUGGCCAGCAGCAAGGAUGAGAGAAACACAUGGAGGGCUUUAAUACAGGAUGCAAUGCACUGCAUGGAGAAAGAGGAAGACGAGGGAGUCCCCAGUGAGAACGAGGAAGACAGGAAGCAGCAGGAGAGCAGAGCGAAGGAGAUCAGAGAGCUUCUGCGCAGGAAGGACGAGCAGAUCAUCUCUCUGCUGGAGGAGAAGGUGCACAUCUUCAGAGACCUGGGCGACUGUAGCUCCGCCCCUGAUGGCAACCCACCGGUCAGGGAACGCAUGUUAUUCAUGGCGACUCCUGAUGAUGUCACGAAGGGGGAGCCAAUAAUAAAGGACGCCCUGAGAGAAGUGGAGAGCCUGCACGCUGUGGUCAGCAGCGGUGUGGGGGGAGCAGGCUGCAGUGCUCCUGUCGGCCUGACAGGGGGCGGUGUGGGACCGGUGUGUCUGCCCAGGAGAGCGGAGACGUUCGGAGGCUUCGACAGUCACCAGAUGAACAGCAGCAAGAAUGGAGAGAGAGAAGAGGGGGAUGAGUCGCUGGACCUCCGCAGGACUGAGUCAGACAGCGUGUUGAAGAAGGGAGCCACUGCCAGCCUACAGAUGAUGCUGAAGAGAAACAAUGAGCAGGUGCAGCACAGUGUGACGCAUCUCCACGACCUGCUGAUCUCCCUACAGGCCGUGGUGGUGCAGCAGGACUCCUUCAUCGAGGACCAGCGGCAGACCCUGAACGAGCGGCUGGUGGCCAACUCCUCCAGACACUCGUCGUGUUCCUCCCUCUCCUCUUCUUCCUCCUCCCGGCCCUCCUCCCUCAUCGAGCAGGAGAAACACAGGAGUCUGGAGAGGCAGCGCCAGGAGGCGGCCACCCUGCAGAAACAGCAGGCUGCACACCAGGAAGAGAAGAGGAAGAGAGAGAAGGCCUGGGAGAUGAAGGAGAGAUGUCUGGCAGAGCGGGAGGAGAGGCUGCAGGCGGAGGAGGAGCAGAGCAGGAAGCGGAACCAGGAUCUGGCAGAGGAGGCGGAGAUGCUGCAGCGGAAGAAAGAGGAGUACCAGGGGGAGCUGGAGAGGCUGAGAGAGGCGCAGAGGAGGCUGGACAGAGACAAGGAGGCACUGAAGAGAGACACUGAGCGACUGGAGGACCUGCAGAGAGAAGAGUCGGAGCAGCUUCAGAGGUACCAGCGGACCCCCUCCACCACCUCUGAAGACUCCAUGAGGUCCCACAGCACCUGGUCUCUGGAUCUAGAUUCAAAAGAGGCAGCAGAACAGCUUAAAGGGGUGGAGCUCUCAUCUUCGGCCCCCACCAAAGAACCUUUCCUCCGCAUCGGAUCCAAGAGGAUGGGCAAACACUUCAACCCCUUCGCCUCGUCCUCCUCCUCUAAGCCUCAGGGAGCAGAGAAGGAGUCCCAGCUGCCCAGACUGCUUCAGCUGACCAAACCCAAAGAGAAGAAAGACAAGAGGAAGAAGAAGGGCAAAGGAGAGCAGAGUCCAACGGAAAGCAAAGUUGCAGUGAUGUCGGACCCUCAGAAUGAUGGAGACAUCUUUUUCUGCUGAGAACCUGGACCACCAUGCACCUUACUGAGGAGCCACUCUGCAGGCCCCCUAUCCCUCUAUUUGGAUUUUAAAUAUCCGCCUGUCAGACACAAUGGACAGUCUGACUUACCUGCAUGUGUCCCAGGUAAAUAGAAGGAGCCUAGCCUCCUUCUCCAGGGGACACCAGAGGACAUGAUGGUGAGCCGAUGACUGUAAUUCACAAGUGCCAACCAUUUCCUCUACAAGCUUCCAUCAGUUAGAGGUGUGAUGCAAAGCCAUGGAUCAAUGUGAGGACACCAAUGGAAAAUGUCAUGUGAUAGACCAAGUCACAGGGUUCCUCAAGGCUUUCAAUUGUAGCUUUAACACAAACCAACUCUAGAGUGGUGCAGGGAUGAUGUGUUUUUGUAGGCCAACCCGGAAGUUAGCAUCGCAAGGGCUCCCUCGACAAAAGCUAAUGGGAUUUUUCCAUUUGACUUUUGAUUAUUACAGAACAUCUGUUCAGCAGGAAAAUCUCCACAUAUUCAUCUUUUACCACUACCUUUAAAGCGUAAAUGCAACCGCGAAAAGUACAAAAAGCUAAUGUUAGGUUACCACCGCUAAGCUAAAGGCGGCUAACUAUGACGUUAAGUAGCCACUUUUUUAGCAACCUUUGUUUUUAGCAGCUUCAGUAAGUGGUGUAUUUAAUGAUGUAUUUUAUGUCGUUGAGCAAAAUUUGAAAAUGUCUUAAGCAGGUGUUAACUUUAUUCAGACUUCUAAACACGUUAAAAAAAUGGUUGACUUCGAGACACAUCAUGUAUUGAUUAUUAUUUCUUACAAUUGUUAAGAUGCUAACUAAUUGCCGGGUUAUAGGGCUCAUUCCUGCACCGCUCUAUGAGCGCCAUUUCUUUCAAGUGUCGCUAAUGUUAACUUUGAAUGUUUGUGGUGCUAGCGACUCCUCAGCUACAGUGAAGUUCCACAGGCUGAACUUUUAUCUAAAGUGUUAUUUGUGUGUCACCACAUUUGCUUUAACUCCAGUUUUAUCAGUCAAACUGUCAGAUAUGAGGGAGUAACAGUCGCCACACCACAUGGUGCACCAGCCUCAUUGCUCACUGUCCACAGACAAUCAACCAUGACAGAUCAGUCACAGAGGGAAUGCUUUUAGUGCCUUACAUCUGAUAUCUAGGUAUAGAUAUAGUCUGCGAUGACUCAUGCUCAAAGUGUACGUUCUCAGAUAAUCACCUGCAAUAUGUACACAUCCAUCCUGUGGGAUAGGUGGUGUAUGAAUUUUGCUCCGUGUGAGCCCUGCAGAAGUAUCAGUGCUCAGCUUUAAUCGUCUCAGUGUGACAAUCAGCUCAACAGGAUCAGGAAUACAAAGAUUUUAACAUGCACUUUAUAUACAUGAGUAUUUUCUUCUGUCAUUUCCUAAUUAUUGAAUCAGAAUUGUUUAAGUAAUCUGGUACUUAUUACAGGGAAAAUGGGAAGCUCCUUGAAAGUCUGACAUCACAGUGUGUGUGUGUGUGUGUGUGUGUGUGUGUGUGUGUGUGUGUGUGUGUGUGUGUGUGUGUGUGUGUGUGUGUGUGUGUGUGUGUGUGUGUGUGUGUGUGUGUGUGUGUGUGUGUGUGUGUGUGUGUGUGUGUGUGUGUGUGUGUGUGUGUGUGAACGGGAGAAUGUUGGCUUGUGUUGUUAAGCGCUUUUUAAAUUAAACAUUUUAUUGUCUCUCUGUCGGAGCCCUCAAAGUCCUUAAAGAUUCUAUUUUUUAUUUUGCGCUCCUAAAUGAGUAUCUGUCAGGACUUCAGGGGCUCUGUCCUGUAUGAAUGCUUGCUUCUACGUUUCAUUUUCACAUUUCUAAAAGUCCAUUUAAUUCAAAGUAAUUAUUAAGAAGUGUACCAAUUGGACAAUGGUUUCCCGAUUAGUUUGACACUGUUAUUUGUAGUAAAAGCCCCACUAAAAGACCAUUUGGAGAUGGCAGAAUUGUUAGCAUUACUUGUAUAAUCAGUAUUAAAAGUACUUCCUAUUGAAGUGUACUUUUAGAGGAUGUAUAAUGAGAUGAUAUGAAGAUAUCAUGGUAUUGUUUUUUUAACUUCUGCAGUCACAAUGAAUGAUUCCAGCACAUUUGAAUGAAAAACCAGCUAUAUGAGUUUGUAGUUGUGUUUUACACCACAUUUUAAAGGUGUCAUCAGUUUAUAAAACAAAAUCCGUUGAGUAGCUCCUUGGUGAGCUUUUGACCACCACGCAGUCAGUAUUGCAAGGCCUCCCUCAGAUUUUUCCAUUGGAUAUUGGACUAUUGCAGGGAAUAGGAUCUAUGGCAAACACAUGUUUAUGAUACUUUAUGCUCUUUCAGCACGAUAAUCUCCACAUAGUAAUACCACAUUAUGAGUUUUGAAGCGUAAAUGCAAUCGACAGAAAUAAAAAGCUAAAGUUAGGCAGUAAAAUAACUCACAGUCAUAUGUCUUCACGCCACAUUCGCUAAGCUAAAUGUGGCUAAUUUUAGGCGGGAAUUAAUUCAGCUGUCUUAUUUAGACAUUUAGAAGUUUUUAUGACAUUCACCAGUAGGGGUAUUUACUGACGUUUUUAAUGUCGUAAAGAAAAAUAAUGUGAGCAUUUCUUUAGCUUGUUUUAACCACAGACCUUAUUUCAGGCUUCUAACCUAAAGCACAUUCAAAAGAAUCGAUGACUCUGACACACGGGAAUCCUAAGUGGUAAAAAAGUACUAAAUUCAGGGUUUUAGGACUCAUUACUGCACCACUCUACAUCAACUGUUUUAAAAGUAUUUAAAUGGGAGACUUAUCACUUAUCCCUGUAUUUUGUUAAGACGUCAUGAAAGAACAAUAUCUAAACUCACUGUCACACCACUAAAUACCACUUUUUAAAGACCGACAGUCACUAACUGCUGGAAAUCAUACAGUAGACCGUCAUGUAGUCACUGGAGACUUUAUACCACUUUAUUUCUUAUUUCUGGUUUUCUGAUUCACUUUCAUUGGUCAUGUUUGUUUUUACUGUUGUUCAUCUGUUUUACUUUCACACCCUUCAGGAGACGAGUUUAGUCCUCUUCCUUUACCUAAGGGUAUUUUAUUUUGAAAGAAGAAUCACUUAGAUUCUUUGGGAAAGAGUCACCAUGUAUGUCAAUAUUCACACCCAGCCAUCACUUAAAAAGUAACAGUCUAAAGGCCAGGUUUGUUCUAUAGUGAAACUUGUCAUACUUUUAUUUAGACGUGUUCUGAUGGGUGUUUAAAAUUUUACCGGAAAGACACAUUUGGACGAAUUUGAUUUUCAGUGAAAUGAGGAUAACAAGAAAUAUUUUUUAAAGUUUCUCUUACAAGAGCAGAUACUUUAUCCUCCUUAUAAUCCCUAUGCAUUGAACUUUUAAAACCAAGUUGAGCUCUCUUAAUUCCUACCCUUUACCCCGAAUCCUUCUUCUUAAUCCAAACAGCCCUGCAGGUGCUGAUAACACACCGACACACACUCCUCCACAAUAACAUCUCUUAGCUUUACACCACAUUGAUUUUCUCCUCCUAUUCUCUGCAGAGAAGCGUUUCAUAGGAAGCAGCAGACUGGAGAAUAAUAUUUCAUCCUGCUGCUGAGAGGAGCACAAUUCUCCUGAAACUGAGAGGACAGGAGACCAUCUCACUUUCACUCUCUACUCACUGCAGUCCUCCUUCUUCCUCCUACUCCUCCUACGCUUCCUCCACUUUAAUUUUCUUAAUUCCUUUAUAUCCGCCUUUUCGUCCUUUCCUUUUGUCCUUCUACUCUACUGAGAUCAUUUCCUCUCUUCCUAUUUUUUCCUCCCCCUCCACCUACCUUUCCCUCUCUCCUCCUUCACUUCCUUCUCCCCUCCUACAACAUCGCCAUCCCUCUCCUCCUCUCUCAAUCUCUUCUCUCCUCUCCUCCUUCUCCCUUCCUCCUCUCAUGAUCUCCUCCCUCUUUUUCUCUCCUACUAUUGUCCUCCUCUCAUCCUACCCCCCUCUCCUACUCUAAUCUUUCACCUCCUUCUCUCCCUUUAACUUCCCCUCCUCUCUCCUCUUUUUACCCCUGAUCCCCUCCUCUCCUUUCUUCUAAUCUCUUCUCCCUACCCCUCCUCUCAGCAGUAGGUUUGCUUCAGAAGCAAACACACAGCCAUGUUUCUUUAGAGACGUGUUCAUACUCAUGGAGAAAAUCCUACAUUUCCCUUCAGAUUUACAUCAAAACCAGUCUCUUCCACCACAAUAUAAUUAUACAGCAUCAAACAGCUUCAAUAGGACCUCAAUGAGACAUGGUGUGUACUUAGUGCCUUAACGGUUUUGUUCACCAGUGACAGAUCUGCUUGAAAAAGAAAAGUCAGAAAUAAACCAGUCAGAACAAAAGGAUUAUCUGCCUAAAAACAAAACUUAAAGAAAGCGACAGACGUAGAACAACAACCUACUGUAGCUUUCAAGCUAAAGCUAAUGCUACUUUGUGGUGUCAUGCCUUGACUUGCUAAACUAGUUUUUAAACAGACUCCACUGGAGAAAACUUGAUAUCAGUUUGAAGACUAAAGAGCUGAGGAGCUAGCUGUGACUUCAAAUGUACCAGUUUACAUGCUAAACUAUGUAGACGUUUUUCUUAAAUGCCACUGGCUGUCGCUAGCUUUUAAGCUAGCUGCAGCAUUUUUUGAGGUCUAGGCUAAAAGGAGCAUUUCUGGGGGUUUUUUCCCCCUAAUUCUGGUGAUACAAAUAUGAACAACUGUAAAAUGUUCCAUGCAAAAAGAAGCAGAAGGAUAUGAUUUAAUGUGGAUUAAAAUACAGACUUAGCCUUUGAGCAGUAGUUGACAUAUUGUGAGUGAAGAUCUUUCACAAUUUAGAGAGAAAUGUCCAAUACGUUUUUUAAACCCUGUUUAAUUUAUUCAUUGGCAUGCUUUAUGUGUUGGACCAGGAUGUGCCACAAGUCAUUCUAUGACUAUUGAAUGAUUAUGUUUCGAAUACCUACAGAAACAUGGUGUUUGUCACAUUUGUAGUAGUGCUUUUUGUAAAUUAAAACAUCCUCAGAUGUCAGAAAUUUUAGAAAGACUAACAAGAACAUAAUCCCAAUCUAUUCCCCUUCUUAAAAAAAAAUAAACAUGGUGUUCUGUCAUUUAAUAAAACAUCUAUUAUUUAGAUUUUGGUGAGGCCCUCUUAGCAUAGAUCACAGCAGCACUACCAGGUGGUAGCAGCUAGAAUCCUGCUGAGAGGAGGAGAUUAGUUUAAACACCAAUAAAGAUUUAUCAUCCGGCAAAGUAAAGUCCUUCAGGGUUUCAUCAUCUGUCAUUUCAAUGAGUGGAAAUUAGUUUAGUUCUGGGAUGUGGGGCUGUAGUUUCCCUUGUACAGUUAUACAGCUCAACACACAAUCUGUAGCUUUUCGAUGCCUGAAACAAAAUAAGCUAAAUCACGGGAAAACAACGUUUGAUCAGAGAGUUUAUGAGGCUGGGACGCCUGGUUCUCUCCUCCGCAGUUACAUCAUUCAGCGUGCACUAGAAAAAAAAAUUAUAUGGAAUUUUACAAACUCACAUUACAGUUUUUGCACUGUGAUCUUUUUGACAUGUAUUUGUACUAAAAAAAAAUGGUACAAAAUGUAUUAUUUUUUCAAUUUAUGCACAAAUAUAAAAAAGGGCAACGCAACAGAUUUUGUAAAUAUGUUUUAUGUACAAAUUUGAACUUCCAAAGUACUGAUAACUGUGGAUUUUGUUUAGUUGAAUUAUGUUUUUUUUAAUUAAUAAUAAAGCUUUAUUUAUCUGUCCUCCCUGUACAGUAAUUUUCUCAAUAAAUAACUAUGGUGUUUGUCAUGUGA